AUGAGUAAAAUCGCGAGAUCGGUCAAGAACGUCACCAAGGGGUACAGUCAGGUCGAGGUCAAGGUUCGCAAUGCAACCAGCAACGACCCAUGGGGACCUGUAGGGUCUGACAUGGCUGAGAUCGCCCAGAUCACCUUCAAUAGCUCGACCGAUUUCUACCAGGUCAUGGACAUGCUCGACAAGCGCCUCAACGACCGAGGAAAGAACUGGCGUCACGUUCUGAAGUCGCUGAAAGUGCUCGACUACUGUCUACACGAGGGCUCGGAGCUCGUCGUGACGUGGGCGCGCAAGAACAUCUACAUCAUCAAGACAUUGCGCGAGUUCCAGCACACGGACGAGGACGGUCGCGAUGUAGGCCAAAACGUGCGAAUGGCCGCUAAAGAGCUGACUUCCCUCAUCCUCGACGAAGAGCGACUGCGCGCCGAGCGAGCCGACCGGAAAUCAUGGAAGUCGCGGGUAACAGGCAUCGAAGAGUACCCCGGUGGAGGUCACCACGGUCCAGACGGCGGAGAGCGAUCGGCGCGCCCGCGAAACGGUGAACAGCGCCGCAACCGUAGGACCGAGGAGGAAGACCUUGAGCUCAGGCUAGCGCUCGAGGCAAGCAAGAACGAGGCAGAGGAGGAGAAGAAGCGUCGCGAACGCGGAAACAGGGCCGAGGAAACCGACGACGACCUGGAAAAGGCCAUCAAGCUGAGCAAGGAGGAGGAGGAGCUGCGCCGGAAGGAACUUGAGCAGACCAACGCAGACCUGCUAUUCGGCGAGACCACUGCGCAACCAAACACUUACCAGCCUACGGGUAACAACCAGGGAUAUCAGCAGCAGGGUCAAGUAGACUGGUUCGGUAACCUCAUGGACCAGAGCCAGCAGCAACCUCAGAACACUGGUUUCCUCAAUAAUGCGUACGCUCAGCCUACCGGUAUGCAGCCUCAGCAGACGGGCUUCCAGAACGGCUACGGCGGCUACGGCGGCUUCCAACAGCAACAGCCUACAGGCUUCGAUCAGUUUGGCGCCCAGCAGCAGCAGCAAUACUUGCAGCCUCAGCACACUAUUCAGCCACAGCAAACCUCCUUCAAUAACAACCCCUACGGUCAAUUUGGCGGCUUCGGCGACAUGAACCAGCAGCAAAUGCAACAACCGCAACAAGAGCAGUCACUCCAGCCCGGCAGCCACAACCCAUGGGCAAGCAACAACACCCAAGAGGCCCUCAAACCUCAGCCCACAGGCUCCAACAACCCCUUCGCCCAAUCGUUCAACAAACCCCAGCAGCCAACUACAUCAUUUUCACAACCCAGCCUGAACACGCUGAGCGAACAGAAGACGCAAACCCAGUUCAACAACACUCCCUCGUUCAACCCCCCAGUAUCUUUCCAGCCACAACAGACAGCUCAGCCACCUCAGCAACAGCAGCAGAUACCCCAGCCCCCACAAAAAGAGAUGGAUCCUAACGCUGCGCGACUUAACGCGCUUCUCGCGACAGGUGAAGGCCAAGAUACGUUUGGCAACGUGGGCAACAUGCGCAUCCCAGCCCAACACACUGCGCCCGGUACUUUUGUCAACUCGGCUGGGUCUGGCUUGAACCGGGUCAAUGCGAAUGCUACGGGUAACAAUCCGUUUUUGAACAGCCAGUUUACCGGCAUGCCGCAGCAGAAUCGGAUGAUGCCUGCGGCAACUGGACCCGCGAAUGGCUUUGGUAUGGGCGGUGGUUCUAAUCCUUAUGGGAGCGCUAAUCCAUUCGGUGCGCAGCCUGGGCAACAGCAGCAGCAGGGCCGCCAAACUGGUGCUAACAAUCUCAUUGAUUUAUGA